AUGACACAAAACGCGGAUAGUUCUUCCAGCCGUCCGGCAUCACCUACCUCAUACCAACUUCCACCCUCAACCUCUCCCAAUGGCGACAUAUCCCUGGAAGCUUCCUUGUCUAAUAUAUCCCUGGGAUCAAGAUCAAGUUCGAGCUCAAACGAAGCCGGACCAAGUCGGUCUCCCCAUAUAUCCAAUGAACGUAGAACACCUCCAGCUGCAUUAGACUUGAAACGGGAUGAUGAGAUUGGUUUAGACAUUCAAGGUGAUAUAGGUGUUUCACUCACCUCACCUACAAGGGCAUCAUCACCUAUACAAGAUUACUUCUCCGUCUCACCGACACCUCAUCGAUCAAAUUCGCUCGCAAAAAACAUAUCAUCCCAUUCCCCGUCCCCAUCACCGUCACCAUCUCGCGCUCAUCAACGGUCCCUCACGCCUAAUGGCUGUUUAGAAGUUUCACCUACGAAGAUGCCGUCACCUUCUCCUACAUCACUCUCACCGCCUCUUUCCGCACCCCCUUCACGCCGAUCAUUCUCAUUACAUCCUUCAAGAUCUCCCAGUCCCAGUCCCAGUCCCAGUCCCAGGUCCAGUCCUCCUCCACCAUUCAACCUAAAACCGACAUUAAGAAAUGGUACUUCCAUCACUACCGCCCCUCCACCAAGCGGUGUAACAGGAACAGAUGCGGAUGAGGUGAUUGAUGAAUCAGCUCCAUUCGAGUCGAUACCACUUUCAGCUACUCCUCCUAUGACUCCAACUAUACCUCCACCGCUGUCGCCUAGUUAUGUGAGUCCCGAGAAGAAAGGAAGACAGUCAUGGGGCGGAUUCGGCAUGACCAAGGAAGGUCAACGCUAUGCCCUCGGGGAGACACCAGAUCAUACCAGAGCUCAAACGGAACAGAUCCGUAGAUCGUCAGCUACAAGUUCUAUACUUUCGAAUGCAGACAAAGAAACAAAUGGUACCCCACCUCCAGCCAAUUCAUCAGGAAACGCUACUCCUCGAUUACAUGCACCACCAGCACAUCCAUUUCCAUUCCCAUUACCAUCUUCAUCAAAUCCUACUUCACCUCCCCCAUCAGAUCACAAGAGACUAUCAACUUCUUCGUCUCGUAUAUCUGUUUCUCAACCUUCCAUACCUCACGAAAAUGGGAUAAGUGUUAAAGGGGUUUCAACUUUCGAGAAAUUCAUUUCACAUACUAGACCAUCGUGGUUACCACCUAAAGAUAAACAUGAAGAUGAGACUCACUUGCAUCAAUGGGAAGAAAUGAUGGCUGCUUCAAGAGAACAUGAAAAACAAUUGAAAAAGGCUGCCGAACAUAGGCGUAUAGAAAAGGAGAAGAAAAUGGCUGUGAUUACACCCAAGUGGGAGAAAUUACUGAAUGACAAAGAAUUUUCGGUGGGAAAAGUACAAAGUGAUGAACAAUUUAGAAAGCUUUGGUUCGAAGGCAUUCCAAGUCAUCUAAGAGGGAAAGCUUGGAGUUUAGCUAUUGGAAAUCCACUGGCUGUGUCAAAAGAUGCAUAUCGAACUUAUGUUAUUAGAGCUCAAAAAGCAAUCAAAUCAGGCAGAUUCCCUGAGGAUAUCUUGGAUCAAAUGGAGGUGGAUAUGGAUGAUACCCUCACGACGCUAAGACUAUUCCAUCGGGGAAGUCCACUGAGAGAAGAUUUGAAGGAAUUGAUGUGCGCCUGGGUCGUGUACAGAUCCGAUGAAGGACUUGGAUAUGCACCUUACAUAUCCCUUUUAUCAGCAAUGUUAAUCCUCGUUUCCCCUCUUUCGGAAGCUUUCACCUCUUUGAUCAAUCUCUUAUCAAGACCUUGCCUGAGAGCUUUCUACACUCAGACAGAAGAUGAGAUAGACGCUUAUUAUAGAGUAUUAGAAAAUCUUCAGGCUGAUGCGUAUCCAAAAAUCUAUGCGAACUGUAAGAAUCUAGGACUGAGAGUACCAGAGGGAUGGUUUAGAGGCAUGCUGGUCGAACAAGUGGAUUUUGAAUGUGCAUGUAGAUUAUGGGAUCAAAUUAUGCUUGAUGGAGAUGGAUUCAUUUUCAGAACAGCUUUAGCAAUAUUCGGUUUCCUAGAACCUAGAUUGUACUAUCCAGACCGAAAUGAGAUUCUAUCAGUUCUAGAAGGACAUAACGCCGCUACUUUAGCUAUACAAGCCAGAGAAAAGGAAAGAGCUAAAUUGAGAGGGGAAACAUUUGACGAUUCGAUUGAUGGUAAAUUAUCAGUAUUUGGAUUGAACGAACAAACUCUCUUUGAUUGGUUGAAGGAAGAUGCAUGGAAGGAAAAGGGGUUUGAGAGGUUAGUGCUGAGAGAAAUGCCGGAUUAG